AUGACUGGGAAGCACAGCCGGUUGGAGGAGCUCGACCUUUCCGGCAACAAACUAUAUGGACAUGUUCCUCCUGAAUUGGGUACCUGCACCAGUCUUCAGCACCUCAAUCUCUCAAAUAACUUUUUCACUGGUUUUAUUCCGUCGACUCUAGUCAAUUGCAGCCUGCUUACUUUCCUUGAUCUGAGUUCAAAUCUGGUUUCAUUCUUCCGGAGCUGGGGAAGUUGUCAAAUCUUUGAAUGGUUUUAUCCCUUCAACCAUAAGGAAUUGCAAGCCCCGCAAGAGUUUGGUAUUUAUAAAAACAACUUUCGAAGUCCCACUCCGAGGGAGUUUAGCCUUCUCCGGCGCCUCCAAUUUCUGUGGGUGUACGAGAAUCUUCUUUUAGGGGAUUUUCCUGCCGAAUUCGGCAACAUGUCAAUGCUGCAAGAGAUAGACGUAUCUGUCAACAAUCUCAUUGGAAGAUUUCCAGAGGAAAUCGGUACAUUGAAAAGCUUGACCUUUAUAGACGCUGCCCAUAAUAAUUUUUCGGGCACGGUUCCUGCAUCCUUGGGAAAUCUUUCAAGUUUACAAACUUGA